ACAGCAAAUUCGAAGAAAAAGAAGAAGAUAUUUGAGAAGAAGAAGAGAAGGAGAAGAGAUUUCGGAAGAGAAGGAAAAAACAAGGAUGAAGAUUUCAUAAAAAGAAGCGGAAGAAAAUUUGAAGAAGAAUAACAUAUUUGAGAGAAAAAAGAAAAAUAGAGAGGAAAAGAAAUAGGUGUAAGUUUAGAUUUGUGAUAGAGAGGAGGGAAUUAUGUUUAAAGUAGGAAUUCUAAAACACGUAAAUCUCUAUAACAUUAUUUAAGAAGUCACUUUUUAUGUGUAAGGCUUAAGUUAACUCUCACGAUGUUUUAUUACAUUGAUACUCUUAAUGAAUUGAAUUUAUGGUAUAAUUACCAUUAUCAAUAUUUUCUAUUUUAUUUUCUUUUUUUUAAUUGCCUUAAUGAUACAUAUAAACAUAAUCUAUAAUAUAAUGAGACACUUUUGCCUCUCCUUAGGCUGUCCACGUAUGCAUUUUAUAAAGACUGUGGGGCCUACUAAAUAUCCGGUUUAGUUUCGCCGAGUAGGUGUGUAUUUUGGUUCGGUUGAGUUUGUCCGAAUCGGAUUGAAAUUUGUUCGUUCUGAUAUGUGUCUACAGCGUUUGGUUUUGUAAAUUAGUAAGAAACUCUGCAUUCCACUGAGGAUUUCGUUGUUGUCAUCCUAACAAAACUCAACCUCGCCGUUUUCUGCUUUUUAAAAAAUGAAAAACUCAUGUUUGUCUUCUCAAUCUCUUAAUUUCUCCUGUCGAUAUCUCUUCCCCUUCUUUGUGGUUCAAUGUUUUUCUUCAAUUUCUUUCUUUUAAUUGCGGUAAUAAUUAUUAAUCACAAAAAACUGACUUACGAUAUCGCCUUUUCCCUUUCCUUCCCUUCAAAUCUGUAUAUAUCAGCGGGUUGAGACCAUGAUUGAUCCUCUCAACCACUGGCAGUUUAUCAUUUUAUAAAGCUAGGAACGAUUUUUAAAGAUGGCUUCAUCCGGUGUUGUUAUCGCGCACUCAGCCUUUGAUGGUCUUCGCCUCCGUAGAUAUGCCCCGUUCAUAGUUGGCCGUCUGAUCCGUUUUUGGGACGCCAAAAACAUCAAGAAGCAAGGUGAAUUCAUGGGAAUCACCCUCCUCUUCCUUAUGAGAAGAAUUCUCCGAUACAUGGAUUCAUUCCUGCUGGGCGCGCCCCUCAUUACUGUUCGUUUCUGAAGUUGCAGAGAAUGCUCCAUAUUGUGAAUCCUAAAAUAUUUGGAGGCAACCUAUAUCUCAACUCAACGCCAGCUACAAAAUUUUAUUUCGACCCUGAGCUUGACGCCAUCGCAGAGUUUACAACGAGCUUAGAAGCCCCAUUAGGAGAGGCUUUCCCCUGCAUCGAUACCAAAGAAGGGGUUAAAAAAAAGGAAGUUGUAUCAAUCGGAGAACUAAACAAGUUCAUUUCCAAUUCUGACGAGCAGACACAGGAAGCUGAUUUUAUUUGCAAAGGUCGGGUUGUUGAAGUCAUGCAACAAAAUGGGUGGUCUUUCGUCUCCUGCACUGGCUGCAGCAGGAAGCUUGACAAAUUUCGGACUUCUCUACGUUGCAACUGUUGUAUUAAUCCGAACAUCUCUGGCGUUAUCAAGGAAAUGCUUAAAUUGACAAAGCAAGAUGCAGCUUGACUGACCCUGGCUGAGAUGAAUGGUGGUGGCAAUGAAGACUCCCCCAAUGUCUUAAUGGGAAGGAUUUUGUCUUCCAGAUACGUGUGACACCUUUCAAUUUACUCUAAGCCACCGUACUUUCACUGUCUCUGCGUUCCUUGACAACAUUGGCCCCGAGCGUUAAGGUUUCAGGUGAAGGCAAUGAACCAAAUCCACCAGCUUGUGUAAGGAGUGUAGCCGUAAACGCCCACGUGAGUGAAGUUAAAAAGCUGCAACAACGUCAACCCUGCACUGUUUUUGUUUCCUUCAUUUUCCUUCCGUUUUUUGCAUAUCCUAUUUAAAACAUUUUCCUACCGUUUCCUGCAUUCUAUUUUAAGACUUUGCACUUAAUUUCAUAUUUGAAGGCUUUUGUUUUUUAUAGACACUUAUGAUUUUAACUAUUAUCAAAAUGGUUGACGAAGUAUUUGGUGUUGUUGAUAACCUAUUUUGCAACACCAGAUUUGCAUAUUCAUACAUCUCCCAAAGAAACGUCGACAAUAAAAUAUAUUUAAGGCACAUGUUUCACACAUGGAUUAGUGGGGAUAUAAAAUGAUAAACUAACCAAAGUUAAUCAACAUCUGUCUUGAGAAAUUUAAUUUUGAUAGCUACAUUCACACGACCUCAUAAAAAACACCACCAUGAAGAAUACCGAACUCCAAAAAAAGGAACUAUCAUUCCUGAUCUGCAUUUCAUCAUAAUAAAAUUACAAAAAACAGGCAGGUAUAUUGACACAUGCAUUAAUUGUCCAAUGCCAAAAAGCUACAAUAAUUUUGUUUUCGCACCAACAUAAUUAUGAGAAACUAAACAGUAGUAAACAAAAUAUUAUUUAUUCGAAAUAUAUCCUGUACUUUAAUAUUAAGAAUUUAUUUUCCAUAUACGUGUCACACCAUUCAAUUUCACCCAAACCCACCACACAUUCACCGUCUCUACAAUCAGUCACACUAUCAACACCGAGGUAUUAUAGUAUAUACUCACGUCAAUGUUUUGAUCUUACUCUAUGUUUUAAAAACCACAUCUUUAACUAUCUUCAGAAUUGCAAGAUCAAUGAAACACCAUCUGUUGACGUGAAAUCUGAAGAAACAUCCACUUCAGCUUCUGCCAGCAAGACGUCAACGGCUGAGGUCAAACAAAGUGGACGCAAACACCCACGUGAAUGAGUGUUUGUAAUGAAUCAAAACAUCAUCCCCAACCCUGCUUCCUUUACUUUUACAAUUUUAAAACUACUAUGCAUUUCCUAUUUCAGAAUUUGCAAAAUUUCCCGUAUUUUUUAGCUUUUUUAAGAGAUCCAUUUCAACAAUGUACCUCACACGAGGAUGACUUUUUUUACAUUUUAAUAGUUUUAAAAUGGUUGACGUAAUAUUAAACAUCGCCGUUACAAAAUGGAGAACAUGUUAUUUGCAUGAAAACCAUACGCAGAUAAACUUCCAAUACAUACGUAUACCACCACUUUUACUCUCCCACUCUACAAUUACAUUUUCAUUUUAAAGAAAUUUACACCUUACAAGUGUCAACUAAUAUGAAUUUUCAAAUCUCUUCACUUUUUUUCUUCUUAUAAAUCUCUUCCCUCUUUCUCUUCUGCACUCCACCACCAUGAACAUUUUACAUUAAAAAACAGAAACCAUAUCUACCAUCCCCGCGCUUGCGCGGAGCUCCGCCACUAAUUAUUAAAAUAUUUCACAUCAAUAAAGCAUACUUUUUCUUAUUUACAUAUUUCCCCAUAUAUUUGAACAACUUCCUUUUUUCUUCUUUACAACAUUACUCACGUUAUAACUUCUUAAUUUUAAAUUUAUGAUCCUAAUAAUAUUUUGAUGCCCACAUAUCUAUAUAAAUAAACAACUAAUAUAUUUCAAAUCUAAACCACCAACACAAAUAUAUAAAGUUCAAACUUCUAGCUUAUUCAUAGAAAAUAUAUUUUUACGUAAAAAAUCAUACUCAUAAUACCAUUAGAGAAAUAUACCCCUCCUCGACGACAAAAAAAAAAUGCAAGAUAAAAUUGAAUAUUAUGAAGUUUUAGAAAAAGUAUCCAAAAAAAAAAAAAUUUCUAUUUGAAAUGGUUUUGACUGACGAUGAGGUAAUUUUUACAUGAGCAUGGCGACGGGCAUGGCUAUUCUGCCCCUUGAUUUGGUCGGGAAACUGGCCAGCAAGACAUAGAAUCAGAUGGAAGCAAGGAUUCGGGUAAGAAGAAGACGACUGAGGAGAUCGAUGGAAGUUUCGGAAGCAUCGUGAAGGAAUCUGAAGAGGAUAUCAUUGCGGCUCACGAUGAAAAAGGUGGGGAGUCUCUCGUGUCGGUGAUUCUAUCGAAGUACAGGAUUGUAGAUGGCAAGGAAGAGAUGGUUGCGAAGUAUGGGCUCCCUGGCAAGGAGAUUGAAAAGGCGGAAAAUUCUUAUGUGGAGGCUGUUUGUGAUGGACCAGUGUCAAACGUAGUGCCGGAGUUUAAGGUCGUUGAUGGAGUUGCAGAUAUUGAGAUACAUGCGGAGGUUUUUGAGGAUGUGGAACCAUUGUGGAAGAGUUUCGUUGUUGGUUAUUUUAUGGGAGAUUCACCUUUAAUUGGGUCCAUUCAUGCGACAGUGAAUAGGAUUUGGAGCAUGCCUAAGUCCAAAAUUGAUGUCCAAUUCAUAAGCAAAAGGACGGUCUUGUUUCGGAUUGAGGAUGAGCAGAUGAGGAAGCGGGUGCUGAGGAGAAAAUACUGGCACAUUGCAGAUGUUCCACUAGUAGUGAGUGAAUGGAAUCCGGAGACAGCACAUGAUCCACCGGAUCUUACAGCCAUUCCGUUGUGGGUGGACUUAGUGAAUGUCCCGGGCUAUCUCUAUUCACUGGAAGGCCUUACAUUUCUAUCAAGGACAACAUGGAAGUUUGUUAAGCUCCAUACAAACACUGAAAGAUUUGCGCGUAUGGAUGUGCCUACGGUACUGGUGGAAGUGAAUCUGAUGAAACCGCUACCUGAAAAGAUUUGUUUUAAAGACAAGAAUCAGGGUAGUAUCACAGUGGAGGUUAAAUAUCCAUGGCUCCCUCCUCGAUGUACCUCUUGUAAUGGAUGGGGCCACAUAAUGAUUGACUGCACGAAGAAUUUGCCUAUUGUUCUUCAACGGAAACAAAGUUUGGAGAAGCAAUAUGAAGAGUCUGUUACAGGAAAGGAAGUGGUGUUGAAACAAAGUUUGGAGAAGCAAAUUGGAGAGUCUGCUACGGGAAAGGAAGUGGUGUUGAAACUGUUGGAUGACCUCGAACGAGUUGACGUUCGAAAACAAAACCUUAACAUGAGAAAGGAAAACAAUCUGCAGUUGGUGGAAGUGGACCCGGUUGAAGAUGUGGAGCUGAGGGAACCAGAUAUGACACAAGAGGAGGAUGAGAAGAGGAGUGGGAAAGAAAUGGAAAGUCUCUUUCUCCUAGAGCUGGCAACAUAUCCAACCGUACUGAUAGAGUUGAGUCUCCUAAUGGAUUUCAGGUUCUUAGCGAUAUCAAGGAGGAAGGUGAGAUAGAGGAUGAUAGGGAGGAUGUAGUGCAUCAGGAAGAUGAGAUAUAUAUCAUGGUUGCCAAGACUGAGGAGAGUUUGGCUGUGGGUAAACCAACUGAUUCUAGAGCAGCAUCCAGUCAGACUGCGAACCAGAAAGGACACGACAAGGAUGGUCGUAAGCAAACGCUACCAAACAAAAGCUUUAUUCAAGCAGUAAAGUCGAGUAGUAACAAGAAAGUUUCCUCCAAGAGGAAAUAAUGUCGUCAACUUUCGCUUGGAACAUGUGUGGGUUCAAUAAGCCACACAAACAACGAGCAAUAUGUUAUUGGUUACAAGUUGCUAAGUUAUCUUUUGGAUGUUUACUGGAAACAAAGGUGCAUAGGGAAAACUUUCAGAGUGUAUUUGAUGCUACGUUUCCUGGUUGGAGCUAUCUUCAUAAUUAUGAUUAUCAUCCCUUGAGAAGGAUUUGGGUCUGUUGGUCCAUUGGCGUUGAGAUUGUGCCUGCUUUGAUCAGUGCCACUGACCGGAAGG